GAGCCCCACACCUCUUGAUACCAAGCGUAUCUGUACAUCCGGGUCCGGCUUCCAGUGUGAUUCUAAGAAACAAUAAGCUGCGCCAAAUAUUCCGAUCAUCUUGGGAAUUGAUUGGCAUGAAUUCUCGGGGCAUUCCAAACUGCGCUCGGCUGCUGUCGACGGUGGCGUGGUGCCAGUGAGGAUCCUCCUCGGACAACGUUCCUUCGCUACUUUCGUCGCUCCUUGUCACCGGUUAACCCCGUUCCAGCAUAAACUACUCUCAAAAUUAACUUCCAUGAGCUGGUACACCACGUUUCGUUAUCCAACAGCUCCUCGUUGUGAUCCAGAGCUGGGCUAGUCUAUUCCACUGUCCGAUCAGGGAGGAUGCCAGAACCGGGUUCCUCUCACACCACCGCGAGGGCUCACAAUGACGUGCAACAUUCCAAAAUCUCGUUGCUGUGUCUCAGUCUGCACGUCUCCGCCGAUGCCGCCAUACUCCUGAGUGCUCAUAUAAAUCUUCAAACCUUCCCCACUCAUCCACUAGUGUCUCUUAUUCCCUCUCCGUACUACCCACACGCUAAGGGAAUCAAGUCCCACCUUCAUUAUGUCGCACAUCCAAAGCGCCGCCUUUCCUUCCACUUCUUGGAUUCCGUACCUCUUUCUUGCAUUACUCGCACUCUAUGUUGGAUCUCGUGUCAUCUACAACCUCUUCCUCUCACCUCUUAGCUCGAUUCCAGGCCCAUGGUAUGCCGCGGUGUCGAACCUAUGGAUGACGACGCAUGUUCUACGCCUGCAGCAAUGCAAGACCAACCACGCUCUGUUCGAGACAUACGGUCCCGUCGUGCGCGUCGGGCCGAACAAGGUCAUCUUCAAGGACCUCAGCGCUAUGCGCAGCGUCUACUCGACGCACAAGUUUGACAAGAGUUCCUGGUACAAGGGACUUCUGACAAACGAGAACGAUCAUGCUAUGACCACUCUAGACCACGCCAGCCAUGCCAUCCGACGCAAAGGUUACGCACCUCACUACGUUCCCGCCAACAUUGCCAUGUUUCAGCCUGAAGCGAAUGACUACACAAACGAACUAUUGAAGGGGCUGGACCGGUUUAAUGGUCAGGUCGUAGACUGCCUUUCCCUCUUCAGGCAUUACAUGGUCGACAUGAUCAUCACCUCGUCUUAUGGCUACCGCCAAGGUUCUAUCAAGAAAUGGUUUUCCGGAGAAGAAGAUCCCAUGUCAAACGCCAUUGCGGACUUCCCGAAACGGGGCCUUAUCCGUAGUGCUAUUCCAACAUGGUUUUGGGACCUUCUCUGUCAAAUUCCUGUUAGGCGCUGGCGAUUGCUGUGCGACUCUGACAGGAUCAUGGGCGAGUUUGUUGGCGCUAGGGUGUAUGAUAUGCGUGCUCAGGUCAACGCGGAGAAGCUUCACGAGGUUGAGAAGGUUCCCCUACUUCAGCGUUUGCUUGGGUAUAAGUAUACCUCCACGAACGAGAAUAUGCCUGACCAUGAUAUCAUCUCCGAGCUCAUGGGGCACAUGAUUGCGGGGUCUGACACCACGUCUAACACUCUAUCAUACAUGUUCUGGGAGCUCAGUCGUCGUCCUGACGUGAUGAUCAAGCUUCAGAACGAGCUAGAUGCUGUUAUGCCGGACUCGAGGGCCAUUCCUGACAUAUCGACCCUCCAGAAGCUGCCGUACCUUAACGCCUUUUUGAACGAAGGACUUCGUGUCUACAGCGCCGUUCCCAGCCCUCUCGAGCGUGUGGUCCCCCCUUCUUCAAAGGGCAGCCCCUCGGAUGACUGCUUCGACCUGAUGGGCUACGCCCUCCCGCCUGGCACAAUCGUGUCUACGCAGGGCUGGUCCAUGCACCACGACGCCGCCGUCUUCCAUUCCCCGGACACCUUCCUUCCCGAUCGUUGGCUAGAGUCAUGCAACAACCCCACCAACCUGUCGAAGAUGGCUCAGUAUAUGAUGCCGUUCGGCGCGGGCGCCCGCAUCUGCGGUGGCAAGAACCUCGCGCAUAUGAUGCUUCGCAUCGCCAUCGCAUCCGUCGUUCGUAACUUCAACGUUGUUGCCCCGGCAGAAACGAACGCCACUAGCAUGGAUAUCAAGGAUAGCUUUGUUAUCUUCCCUGCAGCCAUGGAAUGCAAGCUUGCGUUCCAUCCUCGCUGAUUCUUCAGCUGUAUACCUUUGUAAGUACCUGCAUAUUGCAUAUCAACAGUUAGCUACUCGACAGCUCGUUCCGCAUUGGUUUCUUGAUACUUUUUGCUGCAUUGUUAUCGUAUACCGCAUCGCACUUACAUAGUGCCGUAGUCUUCUUGGUCACGCUGGGUAGUACCCAUCUUGCAUUUUUCUUUUCUCCGUAUUUAUUAGAUUCAGGUAAUUGCAUGAUGGAACGCAAGGAAAUUGUAUGCCUAGUUGCUUGUACCUCGUUUGUGUUUUCAUGGAUAAUUGAGUCAGGGGUUUGCUCUUGUUGGUUUCACUGAAGGUUCUUGGCCUGUUCGUCUUGCUGCGCUGUUGUUCGAUUAGAGUUAGAUAUCGAACCAUCAUGAGCG